AUGUCCAACUCCAACGACCAUUCCCACGACGACAUGAAAAGCACAUCUGCUCUAAGCGAUUUGCUGCCUUCGUUUAAAACUCCUGGGGUACAAAACAUAGAAUCGGCAUAUUCCCGCGCCGGAGCGACGAAUAAUCAUACGCCUGGCCACGCUUCAGCACUCGGUUCGCAGUCGCAGAAACCGGGGAGUGAAGUGGCGCAGGGGGUGGGGAGUGAGAAGUUUAGUGAGGGGUUUAGUGAUCAGAGGGUUGAGCCAUCUGCUGUUGGCAAACUAUUUAAUAACUUAAUCAAUGGUACGGAUAAAUCGAAGUGA